CAACUGCAUCCAGUGGUUAUAAGCGGCAGUUGGUUCUGUCUCUGCGCGUCAUUCCGCGAGGCUCGCUGCAUAGUCGUAUAAGGACGACUGUUGUAACGGUGGAAGGACGUUCACGCGCGACUGUUGGCGUUGUGAAACGACAGGACCAGGCUUCUUAUUUGGAAUUCUAAACUGGAAAUUUAUCCAAGACUUUGAUUUAUUCAACAAAGUCAUGUCUACUACAUGCCAAGCAAGUCAAAGCAAUGGUGGAAGCAUAGCUCAACCCAACAGGAUCUGUCGAAGGAACAGCUCGAUGCAUACCGCGAGGCCUUCUCCAUGUUCGACGAAGACAAAGACGGUCGCAUCACGCCGAAGGAGUUGGAGACGGUGAUGAGAUCACUUGGCAUCAAGCCCACGGACACUGAAGUCAGGGAUAUGAUCACCAACAUGGAUAUAGACAAGAAUGGCACUAUUGAGUUCGACGAGUUCGUAGCAGUGAUGACGAAAACAUCCAAGUCUCAGAUGGAGCCAGAGAUGAAGGUGACGUUCAAGAUCUUUGAUCAAGAUGGCGACGGCUACAUCGAUGCUAGGGAACUGAAGCAGGUGAUGAAGGCUUUGGGGGAGAACCUGACUGACGACGAGAUCAGGGUCAUGAUUCUAGAGGCCGAUAAGAACAACGAUGAGAAGAUCAGCUAUGAUGAGUUCGUGUUGAUGAUGCAAUCCAGGUGAAGAACAUCCGUCGCCGUGGAAACGUAUACCAACUUCCGUCAUGCCUUUUGCUACAUUCGUGACGCCACCAUUAAAUAUUUGGACUAAACUAUCUCUUGAUACUUGGUACGUCGUUUUCUGACAUUCCAAUGUACCAUGUUUGACGGUUUGAAGAUCUUAAUGAAACUAUGACGGCCAUAUGCGGUGAUAAUACACCCACAACAGCCGUACCUAAAGGAAACCUUUGACAGCAAUAUACAGUAAUCAUAUCCAAUAACAUCCCCUAUCACUUAAAUCAAAUUUAGGUUUUUGAAUUUCCUUUUAUGACAAAACACCAUGGUGGUAUGUUGCGAAAUAUACGAUAUAUCACAAUUCAUCAAUACCCCCUUCCAUUUAUUAAAAAAGGGGUAAGCGGGCCUUCGUAAUAUAAAAAUGUAUGUUCAGAACAGUAAGCCUAAGAUUUCCUUUAUAUACAGUGAAACCUCGUUAAUCCGGACUCGGUAGUCCAGAUAGUCAGGGUUCGCAGAGCCUGAGUUUGCGAAGUGACUCUAAGACUUCUGUAACGCCUAUAUAGGUUAGUCCACGUGGAAGUAAACGGCUGUAGUGACAAAGCCUUCAGAGACCAUUCUCACUCAGAUUGGUUUGGAUCAGCCUGAAAUUUGAAAUAAGUUCUGAAACAUAUGGAAUAUCUUGUGUUGUCUGCAUUGUUAACUCCCAAAAAAUGCAGUUCAUUCUUUUACCACCACAUGUUUUAUUUUAUAUACAGAAGUGUUAAACAACUUAUUUUAUGCCGUUCUAACUCUUAGAAUGAUAGUUAAAUUGAAAUUCUCUGAUUAUAUAAAUCCCAAUCAUGAUUUAUGUUUAUGUUUAAAGGGUACUAAAAUGUCAAAUUAAUAUACUCAUGGAAACGAAUAAGGAAACGCAGGAAAGUACAAGUGUUCCUUAAUUCUUUUCCAGGUUUCUUCACAAGGUAUGUGUGGCACUGUGGGUGAAAUUCUGGGAAUAAAUAAAGGAACACUUGUACUUUCAUGUAUUCCCUUAUUUUUAUUCUAUGAGUAUAUAUGUUCUUUUUAAAUUAUUAGUUCCUACGUGUUUCAAAAACACAAUUUAGAAUAGUUUCUGUACCACCCUGCAGGCUAACUAAAACUUAUCCAACACUUUAUAUUCUGAAGAUCAUGCAGAAGUUAAGCAUAUCGCAACUGUAAAUAUGGAAGGGUUAAUACGCGUCGCUUCAGAAGGAACAGCAAUGACAUAUGUUUCGAUUACAACUCAAUUAUUUUUAAACCGAAAAUGCGGGCAAUGACUUUUAAGACGUUACCGUCCGCAUUAACGAGAAUUCACUGUUUAAAACUGUUUUCACUUUUUAUCAAACUCAAUCUAUUCUGAUUCUGGGAAACUGCGUCAACUAAUCGCCUCAACUGCGCACAAUUGUCUGGUAGCUUCAUUGUCUACUCAUAUGUCCAAGAACAAUUAUUUCGUUGUGUUAUAACUGUAUGAUAGCAGAUACUUAAGGGUAUCUCUAGCUUAGAUUGUGUGGUCUUUUGAGUAUGUUCGAAAAGAAUGUACCCCAAUUUUUUGUUUUGUUUUGUUGUUUUGUUAUACAGCAUGUUACGGUAUAUUAUUGAAACCAAAGAGCCAAUAAGCCUCAGUAUUCAUAUUCUACGUGUAUCAAUUCUAUCAUGUAUUUUGUUACUGUGUUAAUGAUCUCUAAUUCGUGUUGCCAUUAGUUUAGACAUGUAAACAUUUUACUUUCUAUUCACAAAGUUGAUGCAAUAAAUAUCAUAUAUACUUC